AUGAGCCUCCAGGCCCCACCCAGACUCCUGGAGCUGGCAGAGAGUCUGCUGAGGGGCGGAGCCUUAGCCAUCCCCACCCUGGAGGAGCUGCCCAGGGAGCUCUUUCCCUCUCUGUUCAUAGAGGCCUUUACCAGGAGUGCUGAGACCCUGAAAACUAUGGUACAGAGCCUGGCCUUCACCUGCCUUCCUCUAGGGUCCCUGAUGAAGUGGCGUCAUCUGGAGACCUUUGGAGCUGUGCUGGAGGGCUUGAUGCACUGCUUGCCCGAAGAGUUCACCCCAGGUGAGAGGCGGUGGAAACUUCAAGUGCUGGACUUGCGGGAUGUGGAUGAGAACUUCUGGGGCAUAUGGUCUGGAGCUUCUGCACCCUCCCCAGAGGCUACAGGUAAGAGACAAACAGCAGAGAACUGUCCAAGGCUGGGUGGGCAGCAGCCCUUGAUGGUGACCCUAGACCUUUGCUUCAAGAAAAUACCCCAGGAUGAAUGCCUGAGAUACCUCUUUCAGUGGGUUUACCAAAGGAGAGGUUUAGCACACCUGUGCUGUAGUAAGUUGGUGAAUUAUCUAACGCUGAUUAAAUACCUCAGAAAAUCAUUGACAUUAAUCCACCUGAAUAGUAUUCAGGAGCUGGAAAUCUGCAACAUGUCCUGGCCACGUCUGAUAAGAAAGAUUCGUUGUUACCUGAAGGAGAUGAAGAAUCUUCGCAAACUCAUUUUCUCCAGAUGCCAUCAUUACACGUCAGACAAUGACCUCGAGGGACAGUUAGUCGCCAAAUUCGGCUCUGUGUUCCUCAGGCUGGAACACCUCCAGUUGCUUAAAGUAAAAUUGGUCACCUUCUUCAGUGGGCACCUGGAACAGCUGAUCAGGUGCCUCCAGAACCCCUUGGAGAGCUUGGAAUUUACUUGUGGCUACCUAUUGGAAGAGGACGUGAAGUGUCUCUCCCAGUACCCAAGCCUCGGUUACCUAAAGCAUCUGAAUCUCAGUUACGUGCCGCUGUUCCGCCUCAGUCUUGAGCGCCUCGGAGCUCUGCUAGAGAAAGUUGCUGCCACUCUCGAGACCCUCAUCUUGGAGGGCUGUCAGAUCCACUACUCCCAGCUCAGUGCCAUCCUGCCCAGUCUGAGCCGCUGCUCCCAGCUCACCACUUUCUACUUUGGUCGAAAUUUCACGUCUAUGGACGCCCUGAAGGACCUGCUGCGCCACACCAGUGGGCUGAGCAAGUUAAGCCUGGAGACGUAUCCCGCCCCUUGGGAAAGUCUGAAUUCCUUGGUUCGUGUCGACUGGAAGAUCUUCACCCCGCUUCGGGCUGAGCUGAUGCACACACUGAGGGAAGUCAGGCAGCCCAGGAGGAUCUUCAUUGGUCCCACCCCCUGCCCUUCCUGCGGCUCCUCACCAUCUGAGGAACUGGAGCUCCAUCUUUGCUGCUAG